GCAGAACUCAGUGUCAUUUUUGAUUAUAUAACAUAUAUUGUGUCUUCCACAGAGCACCCUCGAACAGAAUCUGAAUGGGAAAACAGUUUUGCCUUGAAAAUGUUCCUCUUCCAGUUUGUCAACUUGAAUAGCUCCAUCUUUUACAUUGCCUUUUUUCUUGGCAGAUUUGCAGGCCGCCCAGGAAAGUACAACAAGCUUUUUAACAGAUGGAGACUGGAAGAGUGUCAUCCUAGUGGCUGCUUGAUAGAUCUGUGCUUGCAAAUGGGAGUUAUUAUGGUUUUAAAACAAAUGUGGAACAACUUCAUGGAACUAGGCUAUCCUUUAUUACAGAAUUGGUGGUCACGACGCAAAAUGAAGAGAGGAGGGCAAUUAAUGGAGCAUAAAAUUUCUCUGCCUCAGUGGGAAAAGGAUUGGAAUCUACAGCCUAUGAAUCUUCAUGGUUUAAUGGACGAAUAUUUAGAGAUGGUUUUACAGUUUGGCUUCACCACCAUCUUCGUUGCUGCCUUCCCACUGGCACCUCUCCUGGCAUUACUUAACAAUAUUAUCGAAAUAAGGUUAGAUGCGUACAAGUUUGUCACUCAGUGGCGAAGACCUAUGCCUGCAAGAGCAACAGAUAUAGGUAUCUGGUAUGGGAUUCUGGAAGGAAUUGGAGUCCUGGCUGUCAUCACCAAUGCCUUUGUUAUUGCCAUUACUUCGGAUUACAUUCCACGUUUUGUCUAUGCAUACAAAUAUGGUCCCUGUACAGAUCAAGGGUAUAGACAAGAAAAAUGCUUAAAAGGAUAUGUCAACAGCAGUUUAUCAGUAUUUGAUUUGAGUGAACUUGGAAUGGGAUACUCAGGAUACUGCCGGUAUAGAGAUUACAGAGCCCCACCAUGGAGUUCAACUCCGUAUGAAUUCACUUUGCAGUUCUGGCAUGUCCUGGCAGCACGGCUGGCCUUCAUCAUAGUAUUUGAGCACCUUGUUUUUGGAAUCAAGUCUUUCAUUGCCUACCUGAUUCCAGACAUGCCUAAAGACUUGUGUGACAGAAUGAGGAGAGAGAAAUACUUAGUCCAGGAAAUGAUGUAUGAGGCUGAACUGGAGCAUUUGCAGAGAGAAAGGAAAAAGAAUGGGAAACAAUAUCACCAUGAAUGGCCUUAG